UUGACGCUGUUAGUAAGAUUGUUGAGAAGGCAUAACAAUCUCCUGUUAAUGAUCUAAAUCUAGACUUUUUGACCGUUCUUUCUGUCUGGGUUUGUCUGGAAGGGACCAAUCAUGCUAGGGACAAAGGCUGCGACUACGAUUGGUCCAGAGGGAUGGAGAAAUUCCACGUUGAAAGGGAUCAAAUUGGCACAAACAAUUGUUCAGAAAAGUGACAAAAACUGUGAUAUUGGUCGUUCUAUGGAUCCUCUUCCACAUUUAAGGGAUACAGUGGCACAAUUAAGUAACGAUGAAAUUCAUAGAUAUGCACGUGAUGUUCGUGGAGUUGUUGCUAAACUAAGAGAAAGUCUUUUAGAAACAAAUGAGGAAAUAAAAUCGCUUACCAGAGGAAAAGAAUCACUCGAGAAAGCACUUGAACACUGUAGGAAAGACAUUCAGUUGAAUAAAGACAGUCAACAAAACCGCCUGUCAAGACCAACAAAAGAAAGGGAACAUGAUGGUGCUGAUGACCUUCUCAAUGCAGAGCGGGCUCAUUUCCUCAACUGUAAGAAAGCCCUGGAGGCCCAGCUCAGAUCAGUACAGCAACAGCUUCAUGUUCUGGACCAGGCUCGGAAGCGUUUGUUUAACGUUCUACAGGAGCGUUCCCGCGUGCUUGAUCUGCUUUGUCAUGCCCUCUCAUCAGUCUCCAACAGUGGCAAGUUUAGUGCAGCCACAAGUCGCAGCAAGACAUCCCUAGAUGGUCGUUUGUCUCGUCUUGGGCCAUCUAUAACAGAUCCCAUAGGCUCAUACACACCAGAGGCUGACCAUGCCCUAGCGGAUGCCCAGGAUGCAAGGGCACGAGGAGCGUACCUCCGCAGGGAGCUCAAGGAUGCCAUUGAGCGUACAGAGAAACUCACCAAGGCAGCACAUAAGUCUGUCAAUGAUGGCAUGACACAGAAAUACUCCGAAACUGUCACACUGAGGCAACACCUGACUGUGGGCCUUGGCGAGAACCAGCAUGCGAUCCACCGAGCCCAACGCUGGUACGAUGCCACAGAGAGAGCCCGCGGUUACACCAUGGGCCCGGUAAUGAGCGCUGACCUGAGUACACGUGAGCGUCUUGACAGGCCGAUGGUGCGCGUGUUCCAGCGACACCCUGGCACACAGCUUCCUGAGGCACAACAGAUUAUCGAGGGUGGAGACGGGCUACUGCACUCACUAACAGCAACUAGCCGGAACAUCGGUCUGCUCAGACUGGCCAGCCUUCGUCUAGACGAUGACAUCCGAAGCAAGAGUGCGGCUGCCUCCACGGAUGCCUCCAUUAUCCGUCUCAGGAGACGCAAGUCUGACCACAGAUGGACCCUUGGGGCGGCGUUUUAACCACGCCAUCUGUCCAUCCACCAAUAUACUUUACCAACUGGAACUGUCAUGUCUCUUUAAAUUGAGCAUUUGUUAUUUUAAAGAUGAUAAAUGAAAUAUUUAGAACUUUGCCAGAUUGUCUUGUUGUUUUUAUUGUUAUUUGCACAGGAAUCAAAAUUCUGAGUGUUGUCUUUUGAAAAGCUUAAGUGCACUUACAUAUGUAGACAUUUAUCUAUGCCCCUUGGUGUGAGGGAAGGUUGGUUUUUCAUAGAAAAACAGGUGAUUAUUUGUAGUAUUAUAUCAUUAACAGUAUUGUUUUUACACUGGUGUUUUCAUAUUUCUUAUCAUACAAAAAAGUAUUAUUUGCUGUUUCCAUGCCUUGUUAAUUAUUAUGCCCCCUUUUAAGGUGAAAUAUUGUUAUUUGAUGAAAAGUAAACUUGUUGUUUAUUGAGAUAAUUUAUUUAUCACUGCUGGGUUUUGUGAAUGGGAUUGAGUAGCUGCCACUGUAUUGUUAAGUUGUAAAGUUUUUUAUAAUUUGUUGACUCUGCAUGAUUUGAAGUUAUUAUCUCUCCUCAAAAUGGCAGAAACAUACAUAUAACUUCUCUUAAUUGUUUAAUUCAAGUUUCUUAUGGCAUAUAAGAUAAAAUACAACAACAAACUACACACUUUUAAGAGAAGAAAGAAGUAUGGUGUACUUUUUGUUCUAUUUUGUGAAGAUUUUAGUUGUAACCAACAUUAAUCAGUAAUCUGAAACCAGGUCAAACGUUUUUUUUAUAUGAACAAAUAUGACAUGAAGUAACUGACAUUGAAACAUGUGUUUGUAAGUUUUGUAUUUAGAAAGCAUAAUCAUGUGUUAGACAAAAUAUCUGAGUUGAGUUGAGUUUCAUUGAGCAAUUUAUACAGCCAACUGUGUUUAGAUGGACGUAGCUCUCCAGAUGUAGAGGUGUCGGGACAUUUGUUGAAACUGCCAGCAUCAUUGUGAUUUUAAGUUAUACAUGUAUGUAGACACAUUAUGUUUGUACUGUAAUGUUGGGUACUUGGCCUUCCUAGUAGUUUCAAUUGCAUUAUUAGGAUUAAACUAGGAUUUAGAAAUUAUUUGACAUCGUAAUAUCAUCAAAAUCUAUUUUACAAAUACUGAACUUGUAAACCUGUUAAUUAAGCUCAAAUCAUUGUAUUGCUCAGUGAAACUUAAAAGCCUUGAAAUAUACAUGACUGAAUAAAGCAUACGGUAUUUUAAACAAAAUUUAUAUUUCAUCAGAGGUUCUUUGCUGCACAAACUGUGAUAUUUUUAUUGUUAUUUCAUAGUUAAUUGUUAGUAUGAUUUUCAUGUUGUAAUUUUGUGCUAUUUUACAUGGGUAGAAAUGCAUGCAUGUACAAAUUGUACGUGUUUAGUCAGCUGUAUGAUUCAACUACAGAUUACUGGCAAAGGCACAAAUAUUGCAAACAUUUUGUAAUUUAUAUCUGUUAACGAAGUAUUUAAGAAGGAAGAUAAUUUUUAUUGAUUUAGCCACCUAGAGAAGGAAAAAGGAGUACAACUAUGUACAUGUAUGUCAUCAUUGCAAAAUAAGUUUUGAUAUUUACACAAUAUACUUGUAGCUAAAUUCCCACAACUGCCAGCUCAGGUUGCACAAGGUUUUUGUGUUGAGUUUUUUUUGUAGCAAUGAAAAAGUUAAUGUUAACUAGUGCAUGUAUUUCUUAGAAACAGUUAUUGAAUAUUAAACCAAGGUCUCUUAAAGAAACUGAAAAUAAUGUUACACAAACACAAACUAGAAUGUUAAUAAUGAAACUUCUUGGAUCCACUUUCAGAUGGUAUUUUGGUACUGUAGAUGUACUGUCACCAUUGUUUUGGAGUAAGUGUUAUCAGUAUUAGCGUAGAUGUAGUUAUUGUGUGAGCUAGUCAUGUUCUCUGUUGCAUUAUGAAUGACUGGGAUGUAUUCUGUUAAAGAUGUAGUUCAUCUCGCUUUAGGCUGGUUUAUGCAAAUAAAUUAACAAAAAAAUUGCGAAACGUGCAGCUCUGAUCUAAAAACUCAGAUUUCUUAGAAACUUGUUUUUGUGUUGUUGUUUUUACACAGUUUUAUUGAUGAACAUUUUUCACCCUAGUUUAUAUAGUUGUUUCAUGAUAAUUUUUAGGUGGAGUUUUAUGUUAUAUACGAUAUAUGAAUGUUGUGAAAAAAUGCAUUUUUGCAGUUCUAUGCAAACAAACAGCAUAUUAGUGAGACACUGCGAUUGUGUUUCUAUAUUUAUCUAUAGCACAGCAAUGGCCUAAGGUUUUGAUAAAUAUCAUUUCUAUUACAGAAUUGUUUAGUUGCUGUUGUAAGUUGUUUUUAUUUAAACAUGACAAUUUUUCUGCGGAUAUUUAAUAUGUAAUGAUAUGCAAUACAAUGUGACAUCUACAAAAUUAGUACAGCUCUCGGAUUUGUUUAAAACUUACCAAUAUGUCCUUUUAUUUUUCUGACCUUCUGAAAAAAAUUGGCAUCAUUAAUAAUUCUAGUGUUACAAAAUGAAGCACUGAAUAGUAAAUUACACUACUAGAAACUUAAAUGUUCAGAUUGUCUAAGAUAUGAGCAUUUUACACGUCACAUUGUAAGUUUCGGGUGACCACAUACAAUUUAUUUCCUUUGAAGUCUUUCAGCACUUUCUACAUUUUGCAAAGGGAAUAAUGAUCGUUUUACUUGUUCUACCUUCAAAAUAUACAUUAUCAUUUUCUGAUACAUUGUUUUCUGGCGCAGUUGUUUGAUAGCUUUUGUUGAAGUAUAGCCCAGCACUGUUAAAGCUUUGUGAUAUCAUUUUGAGUGCUUAAUAAACUCACAAAAAUA